GGUAAACGCAGCAGAAACAGUUACAUCUGAAUGUGUCUUUGAGUUUUCCCACCGCACAUGAACGCAUCGGCAGUAUGAGCCCAGUCUGAAGAGGAGGAGGAGGAGGAGGAGGAGGAGGAGACGCCGCUUGUUCUGCUCCACAGCUGCAGUCACUUCCGGGGGAGCGGUCAGCGCGAGGAGCAGGGAGAUCACCGGAGAGAGAGAAGGAAGAGGAAGAGGAGGAGGAGAAGAAGGAGGAGAAGAACAGCGGCAGCAUCGAUGCUUGGAGCCGGAAGGAUGGAGGAGUUUGUGACGGAGGAAGAGGAGCCGUGGUACGAUCAGCGGGACCUGGAGCAAGACCUUCAUUUAGCUGCAGAGCUCGGGAAGACUCUCCUGGAGCGCAACAAGGAGCUGGAGGACUCGCUGCAGCUCAUGUACAUCAACAAUGAGGAGCAAGUGCAGGAGAUCGAGUACCUGUCCAAGCAGCUGGAGAUGCUGCGGGAGAUGAACGAGCAGCACGCAAAGGUUUACGAGCAGCUGGACGUGACGGCCAGAGAGCUGGAAAUCACCAACGAGAAGCUGGUUCUGGAGAGUAAAGCCUCGCAGCAGAAGAUCGACCGGUUGACCGGCACCAUGGAGACGCUGCUGGGUCAGGUGGACAGUCUCACGUGUCGCGUGGAGGAGCUUCGGACUCUGGAGGAGCUGAGAGUCCACCGGGAGAAGAAGGAGCGACGCAAGACCGUCCACUCGUUCCCCUGCCUGAAGGAGCUCUGCACGGCCCCGAGGUAUGAGGACGGUUUCCUUCUGGCGAACCCGGGGAGCGUGGACCUGGCAGAGAGGCGGCCGCUGGACGAGGAAAACGAGCGCCUGAGGGACAUCGUGUCCUCGCUGCACGCCGCCAUGGCCUCGGAGCGGUCCAAGCGCGAGGGUGCCGAGAGGGAGUGCAGCGCCGUGCUGCAGGAGAUUGAGCGCCUGGAGCAGCGGCUCCUGGGCGCCGAGGGCUGCCAGCUCCGGGUCCAGGAGCUGGAGGCCGAGCUCCACGAGAUGCAGCAGCUCAGGAAGUCCAGGAUGUGCCUGAUCGGGGACAUGGAGGACGGACUCGAGGCGCUGCUCAACAACGGCCCGGAGACGGACACCCCGGAGGAGGGCGCCGGGGCGGAGGAGGGCGGCGACGGGGCCGGGGAGGCCGGCGGCCAGCAAGGAGCCCCGGUGAGGAAGAGCUGCAGCGACACGGCUCUGAACGCCAUCUCCGCCCGGGACGCGUCGGGCCGGCGCCAGGGCAGCUACGCCCUCCACGCCAACGGCGUGCGCAAGCGGGGGAUGUCCAUCCUGCGGGAGGUGGACGAGCAGUACCACGCCCUCCUGGAGAAGUACGAGGAGCUGCUGGGGAAGUGCCGGCGGCACGAGGAGAGCCUGUGCCACGCCGGCGUGCAGACCUCCCGGCCCGUCUCCAGAGACCCGUCCAUGAAGGAGUACAGCCUGGUCUCCGCGGCGCCCUCCACAUCCGGAGCAGCCGCCACCGCCUCCGCCUCCGUCUCCACCAUCGGCGCCGCCGCUGCUCCUCCCACUCCUCCUCAGACGCCCUCGACCCCCGAGGCCCUGGAGGGGAUCAGCCGGCAGGUGGAGCAGGUGGACAAGCGGCUCAGCCAGAACACGCCCGAGUACAAAGCCCUGUUCAAGGAGAUCUUCUCCCGGCUGCAGAAAACCAAGAGCGACAUGAGCUCCACCAAGAGCAGGAAGUCCCACAAGUGACCCCCCCCCCCAAAAAAAACUGAUUCCUCGUCAUUUACCUCAAUGUCCUGAAGGAUUCUCCUUUAAACCCCCGAGGAACCAAGCUACCGCUAAUAAGAAACUGCCAAAUGAGGACUUGUGCUGUUUGUGGAUGAAAUGCCUUUUGAGGAAUAACCAGUUGUGAAACGAUUAACUGCUGCAGUUUAUUUUUUAUUCAUUCAUGAUAAAUUAAAGCCAAACAGGAAAGAAAACAACGUUGGCUGUUGAACCUGCAGCAUGUUUCUGUCCGAUAACACUAGAAAUGUUUCCUUUAAUGAGAAAUAAAUGAAUCACACAAGCUUCUGAUCAGAACAAAGAAACAGUCUGUGUGUUUGAAUCCUUAGACGAGACCAAGUUUACAGACACUCAAGUUAAAAGUCAUUAAAACUGAUCUUUUAACGAGAUUUCCCGUUUUGGCGUCUUGGUCACAUGUUGUGUCUUGGAUCAGAAGCUUCUGAUUGGCUAAUUGAUGUCAUUAAAGUUAACUGGAGGUGUAAAUGUGGACGUACCUUAAAA